AUGUACUUUAAAAAUAAUAAAAUUUAUUUUUCCAGUCAAUAUUGGUGUGUCGAUAAAUAUACAGGUACAGAAAUACCAGGUACAAGAACAUCAAUUUCCCCUCUUGCUCCAACAAUUCCUGAUUGUUUAAUUAGACACAAAUGCCUAUUUAAUUGUUUAAAUAAAAAGGAAGAAUCUUCCUGUAAAUAUGGAUUUAAAUUGGACCAUAGAGGGUGUUUUGAUAAUGAAAAUUGUGAAUGUAGAAAUCCUUGUGAGACAUUUAAAUGUUCUUUACCAGAAUCUGAAGUUUGUAUUUUAAAACAAACAAAAUGUUUAGCCCCUCCAUGUGCAUCUAUACCCAAAUGUAUUCUAAAUAUUUGCACAAAUUCCAAACUUUUAAAUUCCUUUGAUGAAAAUAAAAAUAUUAAAAUUUGUACAAAAAAUUCAACAGAAUGUAAUGAUGAUGAGGAGGAGGAGUGUUUAUUUUUACCUGAAAUUUUAGAGGAAGAAAAUAAAGAGGAAAUAAUUGGUUUAUGUUGUAAAAGAAGAAGAGGAGGUGUUGAAGAGCAAAAGAAAUUACUCGAUUCUACUGAAACAAAAUUAAUAGCUUUACAAAGUGAAACACAAAUUCAGACAACUACAGAAGAGAUUCUUACUCCAACUACAAUUCUUGAAGAAAGUAUUGACGAAAAUGAUUAUAAAUGUGAAAAUACGAAGCAUCCAGCAUUAAAUAAAUUAUUAAAAUUGCCAAUUUAUUGUAAUCCAAACGAAGAAAAUAAUUUUUGUCCAGCAAAUUUUAAAUGUAUUAGAAAACCUUUUUUGGAGGGAGAAAGGGAUAAAUUGGGAAUUUGUUGUGAAUUAAUUAAAGAAAAUGAAGUGGAAAAGGAGGGGGAAGAAUUAAUAAAUAAUAAUAAAAGAGAAUUUAAAGAAGAAGAAAAUAAGGAAGAAAAUAAUAUUUGUUUUUUACCUAUAAAUGAAGGAAUAAUAAUUAAUAAUAAUAAAAAUAAUAAAUUAAAAAAAGAAGAAAAUAUUUGUGAUAAAUCUAUUGAAUUGAGAUAUUUUUAUAAUUUAAUUGAAAAUAAAUGUGAGGAAUUUAUUUAUGCUGGUUGUGGAGGGAAUAAAAAUAAUUUUCAUACAAAAGAGGAAUGUGAAAACCAGUGUAUUGGUGUUAAUAAUUUAAAAAUAAAAUAUGAAUUAAAUAAUAAUUUAAAUGAACAUUUUACAAUUGGGUUAACAUUAAUUCCUGUUGAAAAUAAAGAAGAAAUUGAAGAAAUGGAAAGAUCUCUUCGUUCCUAUUUAGCUUUUAAAUUUAAUCUUAAAGAAAAUAAUAUCCAAAAAUUGAGAAUAGAAAGAAGUUCUGGAAAUGUAUUUUUUGAUAUUGUUGAUAAUAAUGGAAGGGAGAAAAUUAAAAAUAUUGCUGAAAAUUUAGCUUCUGGCCAAUUUCAAUUUACACAUAACGGCCAACUUUAUAUUGCUCAAACAAAUAAUUGGGUUGUAAAACAAAUUAAAUUGGAAGAAGAAAAGGAGGAAGAAAAGGAGAAAGAUGAAGAAAUUAUUUUUAAAAAAGAAUUAAAAAAUAAUUUAGUAACUCGAAAAGGGGGAGGAAUAUUUUGGGGUAAUUAUUAA